UGACUUGUUGCCCGGGUGACACAGACGUCAACAGCCUCAGUGUUCCGGUGGAGUUCAUCUCGCGCCAUAACUGUCAGGGCAUGUUCACCUUCGUGGAUCACCGCUGCUUAGCCGCUGUCGGCUACCAGCCCCAGGAAUUAUUGGGGAAGAGUAUUCUGGAUUUCGCCCACGCUGAAGACCAGGGCUUACUGCGAGACGGCUUCCAACAGGUGGUGAAGCUAAAGGGCCAGGUCCUGUCAGUCAUGUUUCGGUUUCGCUCCAAAUCCAGAGAGUGGAACCUGAUGAGAACCAGCUUCUUCACCUUCCAGAACCCGUUCUCAGAGGAGAUUGAGUAUAUCAUCUGCACCAAUGUUAAUGUCAAAAAAACCUCGACUCAGGACCCCCUCACUCCCAUCUCCUCCCCAGGGGGUUUGCUGCCCCCCUCCCUGGGUCAGGGCAGCCCGAGCUGCCCUCCUGUAAUGCUCAGUCCGGGGCACAUGGCCGGCAGGCAGCUACAGCAGCAGCAGCAGCAGGCGGAGCUGGAAGGAGGCGGAGCCAGAGACGGUCUGUAUGAGGCCGGAGCGAUCGCCCUCUCACAGAUGCCGGUGCCGCCGGUGAUAGCAGCGCGGCCCGCCCACAGCAAUAGCCUGGAGAAGCCUGAGCUGUACCCCUCUCUCUUCCAAGGCCCCGAUCAGACCAAGGGCCUGCCCUCCACCUCCACCCCCGCCACACAGAUCUACCCAGCAGCCAAUAACUUUGCUGCUGGUCGUUCCAAUGAUGCAUACAGGCCGGUCCCCAUGGCCCCACAGAUGGCGCAGCCAGCACACUCGGCGGGGCAGAUGCUCGCUCAGAUGUCCCGUCAGAACGGAGUCCCUCAGUCGGUGACCCCCUCCAGCACCAACAGCCCCAUGCAUGGGGGCCCAGCAGGAGGCUGGCCUGGUGCGGCCGCUGGAGUCAGACCACAAGCACAGUUUAAUAACCAGGUGGCGCCCCAGGCACCAAAGAUCAUGUCUCCGCAGUUUGCUCCCAUGGGAGGAUAUGGCAGUGGCUCUUCCAACUCUUUUGGCCAGAUGCCCACAGGAGCUGCUCCCACCCCCACCAUCAAUGGAAACUACCCGCCCAUGAAUGCGCGUGCCAACCUCAACACCAAUGGUUAUGAUGGCGCUCAGUCUGGGGCUCAGUUCCCCCCCCGGGCGGCGGAGGCAGUGUGGCCCCAGUGGCCGGGCCAUCAGCUCUCGCAGAGUAAUGCAGAGCAGCAUCCUCAUGCUCAGGGCAACCAGCAAGACAUGUUUCCUGAUGUGUUGUCUAUGCUGGACCAGCCGACCAACUUCAACGGCGAUGACUUUGAGAUCCCUAUCUACCCUUCGUUCGACCAGUGACCUGCUCCACACUUAUCCGCCGGUCUACCCCUUUGUCCUCUUGAGUGAUUUUGCCCUCACUAGCUUUUAUAUGACAUAGCUCUUAUUGCUCUUCUGCUCCGCUUUUCUUCCUGCUGCUGCGAGUAGCACUCUCCCCUUGCUUUGCAUGGCUUAAAUCGCACUGCCACAAGCCAGUUAAAGACGGAGGGAUAUAUCUGACUGCAGAUAUCAAGGGGAGGAAAUUCACAGACAAAAAGAUAAUAUUCCAGCCAUUGAAGGAGAAUUCUCUAGCUAGCACUGCCCAAAGGUCAACAGCCUAUGUUGUAGAUAUGUGAGAUAAAUAUAAAUAUAUAUAAAACAUAAAUAUAUAAAAAUGCAAAAUCACCCAACCACGCUUGAACACACACACAC